AGAGAGAGAGAGAGGGUGGGGGCGAAGUGUAAGAGGAAGAAUGAGGAAGAGCUCCUCGCUGCUGCGCGCCUCGUCCCAACAACACAUGCGGGCUUGCUGAUGAAGCGCCGCCGCGGUCAUUCAGGUCGCUCCGGAGGCGCUCCAUGGAAACAAGCCGCCGGCAGCCGCCAAGACAACACCGCCACUACCACCAAGAGAUAAACAAACAAAGAUAGACAUAAAAAAAAGUGCCCGUUCAUGGGAAUCCGGACUCGUCUUGCCCCUCUUUUCUUGUGUGAGCGUCGCCGCCGUAUAAGAAGAGCGCCACUCGGAUCACCUCCACUCUCCCUUGCCCGGCUGCCGCGGCUCCUCCCCCCGUCUGCUCUCACCGCUCACGACUUGUAAGGAAGGCUCUUCUUAGAUUGUCGCUGAUCUGGACAUCACCAUGGCCCUAAGGCUAUCAGUGAUCACCCUCAUCCUCCUCAUUGAGCUCCAGCCUCUGCUCGCCGGCGCUCCCCCCGAGCCCAGCUUGGGCGGCUCAGUGCCGGCGGUGUCCGCCAACAAAACGGAAUGCAGCAAGCCUGAGGAGUGCUCGCCGGGCGUCAUCCUCCCCGUGUGGGAGCCCAUGAACCCGUCCUUCGGCGACAAAGUGGCCCGGGCCACAGUUUACUUCGUGGCUCUGGUGUACAUGUUCCUGGGCGUGUCCAUCAUAGCAGAUCGUUUCAUGGCGUCCAUCGAGGUGAUCACAUCCCAGGAGAAGGAGAUCACGAUCAAGAAACCCAAUGGCGAAACCACUACCACAACCGUCCGGAUCUGGAACGAGACCGUCUCCAAUCUCACCCUCAUGGCUCUGGGUUCCUCGGCUCCAGAGAUUCUUUUGUCAGUCAUAGAGGUCAUAGGCCACGGGUUUGACGCCGGCACCCUGGGUCCUUCCACCAUCGUGGGCUCGGCCGCGUUCAAUAUGUUUGUCAUCAUCGGGAUUUGCGUUUACGUGGUGCCCGACGGUGAGACGAGGAAGGUGAAGCAUCUGCGGGUGUUCUUCGUCACGGCCUCCUGGAGCAUCUUCGCCUACAUCUGGCUCUACCUGAUCCUGUCCGUCAUCUCGCCUGGCGUGGUGCAGGUGUGGGAGGCGCUGCUCACCUUCCUCUUCUUCCCCAUCUGCGUGGUCUUUGCCUGGGUGGCGGACCGCCGCCUCCUUUUCUACAAGUACGUCUACAAGCGCUACAGGACGGGCAAGCAGCGAGGAAUGAUCAUCGAGACCGAGGGCGACCGUCCGCUUCCUUCUAAGGUGGACAUCGAGAUGGACGGCAAGAUGCUGAACUCGCACGGCGUGGACUUCCUGGACGGUCCGCUGGGUUUGGAUAUUGACGAGAAGGACUUGGAUGAGGAGGAGACCAGGAGAGACAUGGCCAAAAUUCUGAAGGAGCUCAAACAGAAGCACCCUGACAAAGAGGUGGAGCAGCUCAUUGAGCUGGCCAACUACCAGGUUCUGAGCCAGCAGCAGAAGAGUCGUGCUUUCUACCGCUGCCAGGCCACCCGCCUCAUGACGGGCGCCGGUAAUAUCCUGAAGAAGCACGCUGCCGAUCAGGCGCGGAAGGCCGUCAGCAUGCACGAGGUCCGCUCCGACGCCGGCGAAAACGACCCUGUCUCCAAGAUUUUUUUUGAGCCUGCCACCUACCAGUGCCUGGAGAACUGCGGCACUGUGGCGGUGAACGUGGUGAGGCGUGGCGGCGACUUGGCCAAGACCCUUUCUGUGGAGUACCGGACGGAAGACGGCACGGCCAACGCCGGCUCGGACUACGAGUUCACCGAGGGCGUGGUGGUGUUCAAGCCUGGCGAGACCAUGAAGGAGAUCCGGGUUGGGAUCAUCGACGACGACAUCUUUGAGGAGGACGAGAACUUCCUGAUUCAUCUCUCCAAUGUGAAGAUACUGACCUCGGAGGGAGAUGAACCCGAGGAAGACGGGUCAGCCAAUCAUGUAGACUCGCUGGCCUGCCUGGGCCUGCCCUCCACGGCGACCGUCACCAUCUUCGAUGACGACCAUGCCGGUAUCUUUACUUUUGAGGAGCCCGUGUUCCACGUGAGCGAGAGCGUGGGCACCAUGGAGGUGAAGGUGCUGAGAACGUCGGGGGCUCGCGGUGUGGUCAUGCUGCCCUACAAGACGGUGGAGGGGACGGCGCGAGGAGGCGGGGAGGACUUUGAAGACGCGCAUGGCGUUCUGGAGUUCCAGAACGACGAGAUCUUCAAAACCAUCAACGUGAAAAUAAUUGACGACGAGGAGUACGAGAAGAACAAAACCUUCUACGUAGAGAUCGGAGAGCCUCGCCUGGUGGAGAGCGACGACUCCAAAGGUCAGGAGGAGGAGGAGAAGCAGCAGAAGGAAGAGGAGGCGCAGGAGGAAGAGGAGGCAUUGACAGGAAAGGAUGAAGAGGAGAGACGCAUCGCUCAGAUGGGUCGCCCCAUGCUGGGAGACCACGUCAAGCUGGAGGUUGUCAUAGAGGAGUCCUAUGAAUUCAAGAACACAGUGGACAAGCUGAUAAAGAAGACAAACCUGGCUCUGCUGGUAGGAACCAACAGCUGGAGAGAUCAGUUCAUCGAGGCCAUCACCGUCAGUGCAGGCGAGGAUGAUGACGACGAGGAGUGUGGCGAGGAGAAGCUGCCGUCGUGCUUCGAUUACGUCAUGCACUUCCUCACCGUCUUCUGGAAGGUUCUGUUUGCCUUUGUGCCGCCCACAGAGUACUGGAACGGCUGGGCGUGCUUCGUGGUGUCCAUCUGCAUGAUCGGCCUGCUCACCGCCAUCAUCGGCGAUCUGGCCUCUCAUUUUGGCUGCACAGUUGGCCUGAAAGACUCCGUCACGGCUGUUGUGUUCGUUGCGUUGGGAACAUCGGUACCAGACACCUUUGCCAGCAAGGUGGCAGCCAUCCAGGAUCAGUACGCCGACGCCUCCAUUGGCAACGUGACAGGCUCCAAUGCUGUUAAUGUGUUCCUGGGCAUCGGGGUGGCGUGGUCCAUCGCCGCCAUCUACCACCAGAGCAUCGGGGAGCAAUUCAAGGUGGACCCGGGCAAGCUGGCCUUCUCCGUCACGCUCUUCACCAUCUUUGCCUUCAUCUGUGUCGCCAUGCUGAUGUACCGGCGGCGGCCCGAGAUCGGCGGAGAGCUGGGCGGGCCGCGGACUGCCAAGGCCCUGACCACCAUGCUGUUCGUCAGCCUGUGGCUCCUCUACAUCCUCUUCUCCUCGCUGGAGGCCUACUGCCACAUCCAGGGCUUCUAGGACGGCAGGAGACGAGCCUGCGGGGACAGGCGGCCCAGAUGUGGAAGUGGAGCUUGUCUGGUUGGUCUAUCAUUCCCUCCCUUCAAGGAUCGACUGACGAAUGAACGGAUGAAGGAGGAUGUGGUAAUGCGUCUAGAAACACAACAGAAGGAAACGCGUGGACAAGAGGACACGCAGAUGAGAAGAGUUCUUUGAAUGCAUUUCUUUUCUUAACUUAAAAAUGAAGCCACUAAAACUUGUCUUAAAUCCCCAUUUGGCGUCCAUACAGCUCACACACACACACACACACACACACACACACACACACACACACACACACACACACGUGGUAGAAAUCAAGUGAAAAGACUGAAUCGUUGUGUUUGUGCGUCAGUGCAUGAGCAGACCACAAGCACGGGACGGUGGCGCCGGCGUCUCUGCUGCUGCUGACGGACUGUGCAUUUCCAUGCUGGUGUUUGCUGGGAAGAUGAGUCCAGUACUGUGAAAACACAAAAAAAAGUCAUGUUUUGCGACUGAAAACGCUUUUGUCGGCCUGUAGAAACGCUCGUGACAGGAGGGGAGGGGCCAACUAAAAUGUAAAUACGGCUGAACUUCUUCUCUGUUUAGUUCUAAAGCUGAAUGUUCCGGUUGUGCUCUCCUGAACGGCCGUCUUUCUGUUGCUUUAUAGAUGUAAAUCAGACAAAUGGGGGGGGGGGGGGGGGUUAGCGUGCUUAUACCUUUAAUAAGGCCACACAACAUGGCCGCUGUACCGUUUAAAACUGUUAGAGAGUAUUACGAGUGCAUAUAUAUAUAUAUAUAAAUAUCUAAAUAUAAAUAUCUAGGUUAAUUUUACGUGUUUAAAAAAAAGUAAGGUACCACCUUCGUCCCUGUGUGUCUUAAUGAACCCACACCCCCUAACGCUCACCGACAGACCAAUCACAAUCCUUAAGGGCUUUUCAGUAACGGCCACUGACAUUCGACUCAUUGUUUUGUCUUUAGGAUAAUUAUUGUGAGUCCUUCCUGGUAUUAAAAAAGCAUAACAGAAGGUCCAGCUGUCUUCAGGUAGGCUUGAAAACCUCAAGCUUGGCGCAAAUGUGAGUAAUUUGAGAAAAUGUACUCUUUUUCAUUGGAAAACCCAAGAAAAGAAAGACAAGCGUUGUCUUCCCUGCAAAAACUGACAUCUAAACAAGAUUAAAUGGCAAAAGUUAUUAUUUUUUUCAUUACUAUGUCAAACCAAUUUGUACUAAAAGGUCCCAUAAAAUAGUAUUUUUAAGUUUAAAUCUGUCUUAAAGCGAGUGUGUUGUAGAAUUUAGACAGUUUAAACGUGCUUUUAGUGAGCCCUACUUGGAACGCGCCGUUUUCUGUGUCUGUAGCUUUCAUGCUAAUGUUUUUGUCAACGCCUGUCUCGCACUACGGUUGCACUUUAUCUACUUUGUACUUACACACUGCAGCUGCACUAGCCAACGUAAUACCCGCCAUACGUCACAUACAAGAAAGGACAUUAAGGAGGACACAAACGUUAUAAAAACACGAGCAUACUGUAGUGUUUAAAGAAAUACUGCACUGUUUUUGGAAUUGUUGACGUUUGUCUCACUUAAGGAUUGUAGAUGAUGGGCAAAAUUCCCAAAAAAGGACAGUGUUCCUUUAAACCUCAGUUAUCCCGGGGGUGCAAGACCACACCUCGACUCCUCAGCUUGCGCACCUCCCGCCUGACUCUCCGUUUAAAGGGUUGAACUCCUCCGUUGCGGGUGAGACUUCUAAGUCAGGGCUGAGGAGAGCUCACCCGGGUUUUAGCAUACUUUGUAAUAUUGUACGCAAUGCUGAACCCUCUACUUCAUCGCUGCUCCCCCCCUUAUGGUUUGUUGCUCUUGGUUUGGACCUGGGAUCAUUUAUUCAUCUGUUUGCGACCGGUUAGGGACCUGUUGAUUGUUUUCAAUGUGAGCUCCAGUGCUAACGUUCCCACCACCAACAUGCUAGGUUAGCCUGUUCACUGAAGAAAAAGUACAUUAUCAAACUCACAGCUCUCCCAUUCGUAUGCGCACGGGCAGGCUUGACAAGCUAGGGACGGGCCGAGGCGGUAUCGCUUUCAUGAGGAAGGAGGCUUUUCAUGAAAGCUGCAACUUGAAAAGGGAGCAUUUCAGCGCUUCUUCUCUCAAAGGUGGACCAAACUAACAGGCAAGAUGAUACAUUUUGGCUCGAGGGAGACAUGUCACUGUUCGAACGGCAUUAAAAAGUCAAUUUUGCAUAAUAGGGGACCUUUUGAAAUAAUCAGCCAGGGGAACAAGAUCAUUUGCCUCACCAUUGUCAAAUUGUCUUGCUCUGCUUGCAGAUUAUUUCCUUUUUUUUUUUUUUUACCUUUAUUUCAGAUUUAAUCAUGCUUAGAUUCCAGGCUUUGCAGGAAUCCCAUCUGCACAACUUUGACUUAACUUUGCAGAGAACUAAGCUUCACUUGUACCAGUAUAACUACCAGUGACUAUGGGGUUUUAGCCAGUAGAUGACAUGACCACGUUUGUAAUGCUUUCCAGACUGUUAACAACCAAAAACAAACGUCAGUAUGGUACAGUCGCGAUACAUCUGACUUCUUUCCAGACCUUUCCUGCUGAAGUACUUUGUUUUUUUGUUUUAUACUUCAUAUAUUUGAAAACGUCAUCCGUAAGUACGUAGCUAAGUAGACGUAAUCCAUUUUAAAUCGUAACCUGCUGUGUGACGCUCGAGGCUAGCGGGGCCGUGGACUGGACGAGUUUAGCUAGUCCAAAACCUCUAAAUGAUGACUCUGGAAUGGCGCUGGUCUCCUGAAUGACUGAAGUCACACCACAACACAAAAGUAUCUCAGUUAGGAUGGCUCCAAUAUUCCAAACUCUGCAUGAUGCACAACUUUUGUUCCAGUUGGGAGUUCUCCUUGAAGGCCUUGGAGUGCCAGUUUACCCCUGUUUUGGGAAAGGGACACAUUUCUACCCGAAUCUUUGCUGUCCACAAGGGUUUUCUAGCUGAGGGGUCUUUUUCUUAAGAAAACACCAAAAAAAACCUGCUCAUUCGUAAUAGCUUGUUUAGGAGCUCAGCACCGCAUUGGAAUUUCUCGAUGUUAUUUGUCUCUUCACUGGCAUGGAGCUGACGGUUUAUACACUGUAAAAAGUUAUGCUUAUUCGUGCAAAACGAGAAGAAAAAAAAGAGGAAAUUGUGUUGUGGAGGCAUCACUUUUUAAGUAGCUUCAACUUGUGACCGUUCAUUGGGCUCAGCGUUGUUGGACUUACUGAAAAUGUGCACUUGAUUUGUACCUGAGCAACAAUGAAACUCUUGUAGUUGUUUGCAUCCACGUUCAUUUCUUCUGCUUUUUUUAACGGGGAACGAACUCCUUUGCUCUUACUCGGCGUUUCCGCAAGGCUUGACAGGAGGAAACUGAUGCAUUCAAGGCUGCUGGGAAAGGGAACCGUCAAAAAACAAAAAACAAAAAAAAAACGUGGCUGACGGCCGACCAAAAAACAACAAA